UUAUGUUAGUAGCUUGUUGGUAAUUGAAGGAAGCAAAGCAAAAGCCAAAGCAAAUUAUAGAAUGGCGCAUGCUCUAUGCAGCUCUCUUGUUCUUUCCUCACCCUCCCAUACUUCUAAUUCUCACUCUCAUACACACACUCACACCCUCUCCUGGAAAUUAGUUGGGAAUAUAAAGAGUACUAAAAAAUCUCCCGGGAAGCUGAAGGCCGUGUAUGCUAAUGAAUUUUGGGCGCCAAAGAGGACUUCAAUUCAGGGAAUUUGGUCCAUAAGGGAUGAUUUGCAAGUCCCAUCUUCCCCUUAUUUCCCUGCAUAUGCACAAGGACAAGGACCACCACCAAUGGUGCAGGAGCGCUUCCAGAGUGUUAUUAGUCAGCUUUUUCAACAUAGAAUAAUACGUUGUGGGGGAGCCGUUGAUGAUGAUAUGGCUAACAUCAUAGUUGCCCAGCUUCUUUAUCUUGACGCUGUCGAUCCUCACAAGGAUAUUGUCAUGUAUGUAAAUUCUCCAGGAGGAUCAGUUACAGCUGGCAUGGCAAUAUUUGAUACAAUGAGGCAUAUUCGACCUGAUGUGUCCACUGUUUGUGUAGGAUUAGCAGCUAGUAUGGGUGCUUUUCUGCUUAGUGCAGGGACCAAAGGAAAGAGGUAUAGCUUGCCAAAUUCAAGGAUAAUGAUUCACCAACCGCUUGGUGGAGCUCAAGGAGGACAAACUGACAUAGAUAUUCAGGCAAAUGAAAUGCUGCAUCAUAAGGCAAACCUGAAUGGGUAUCUCUCCUAUCACACUGGCCAAAGUUUAGAAAAGAUCAACCAGGAUACAGACCGUGAUUUUUUCAUGAGUGCAAAAGAAGCCAAAGAAUACGGACUCAUAGACGGUGUCAUCAUGAAUCCUCUCAAGGCUCUCCAGCCAUUGCCGGCUGCAGCAGAGGGUAAAGAUCGGGCUAGCAUUUGAACUUGAGACAAUUGCUUAGUGUUGAAUAAGAACGAUAUUUUACACGUUGAUUUCAGUGUAACCAUGCACCCAUAUGUCGAGGUAGAAAGGAAGCCCCCCUCAUCUCUUCAAUCUUUUUUAUUCUUUACAUACUUGUUUCAUGGAAUUGGAUUUAUGGGAACAUUAACGGCCAACUUUGUUUUUAACUAAGAAAGAAAUCUACAUCGUCAAGCUUUCCCAA